AACUUUCUUCAAUGUUGCUUUAUGUUGUCAAGGUAGCAUUUAGCAGAUUAUGUACAUCUCAAAUUAAUUAUUGAGUACAUUUCAUGGUACCGAUGAAGCACUCUCAUUGAUGUACACUCAACAUCUUCUUUAAGAGCAGACACAAUAUUUGCGGGUAGUGGUAUGUUGCUGUGCCACUUCGCUUGUGAUGCUUUGCGAGAUGUGAUUGUUACGUGACUCGCUGAAUGCAUUGGCGCUGACAGCCGCGGGAUCGGAAAGUCCAAGAAAAAGGCGACGGAGUAAUAUGGUUAGAAUCUAUUUCUAAAGACGACACAUUUUGGCAAAUGAUUCUCGUUUCGGAUUUUAUGUGUGCCCAAAUACAUUUUUAUGGAACAACCUAAAACCAUCUUUCGUGUAAACGAAAUAGGAACCUUUUAAGACUGAUUAGCACAUACCGAUACCCGAAUUUUUGAAGAAUGUAUCUAAUGUAUUCGUGAUUGGACAUUGUCUACAGCGGUUACAUCGAAGUUAUUGAUAUCUGAACAAGUUCAUAUAUAACUGACUGGCCCUUGAGAUCAUUUGGUGACCGACAAUAAAGGUAACAAUGAGUAGUCAGGUCCUAACAGACAGCGGUGUGAGUUCCGCUGCCAGGUCUAUGACAAUAUGUUGUGGCAGCACGGACGAUGAUGACAGGAUGACCAACGAGACGUAUUUCUCUGAAGAAGGAACAUGUGACUCUUCUGACGAGUAUGACACAGAUCUGGAUCUUCCCCUGAAUGCCAGAUCACCGCCUCCUGAAACACCAGACGAAGAUAAGCUAGACGUGGUGUGUAGAAAGGUGUAUCAGAGUGCUUGCAGUCGCCAGACUCCUGUCAUGACGUACCCACAGCGGAGAAUAGAGGACGGACUGUCCAACAGGACACUGCAUCUCAAGUACCGGACAAUGGGUUGUAAUGCAAUGAGGCCUCUAUCGGUUGCCCUAACGAAUAACCUGCGCGUUGAACGCCUGGACCUCCAAUACGCAGACAUGAAGGCCGAAGGAGUGAAGGACCUGGCCAAUGCGCUCUCAGACAACAUCACUGUGUCAUAUCUGAACCUUGGAAACAAUGACAUCGGUACAGAGGGGGCGAAAUGGGUCGCAUAUUUGCUUCUGAAGAACAGGCUGAUAAAACACCUGAAUAUAGAAGGAAACAAACUCACGGACAAUGCCGCACCUCACCUUGCUAUGGUGCUUGAACACAACACUAGUUUGAGUAUUUUAGAUCUCAGCCACAACGAGUUCUGCGACAAUGGACCAAAGCUUAUCGCAGCAGCACUUGGACUCAACACGGGUUUGGAAACAUUUCGAAUGAGCUGGAACCACGUCAGAGGAAAAGGAGCUGUAGCCAUUUGUCAGAGUUUGAAGUACAACGAGACCCUGAAACUGCUGGACGUAUCCAUGAAUGGAUUCGGGUACGAAGGUUCUGUCGCCAUGGCAGAGGCUCUCAAGGUCAACAUUUCCCUCCGAGAGUUGGACAUGUCCUCUAACCGGAUCACAUGGAAGGGAGCUCUCAUCAUAUCCGGGGGUCUGAAAGAUAAUAAUGGCCUUGAGAUACUGAGGCUUGGAAAGAACCCAUUGUCCACGACCGGAUGUAUGGAUAUCACAGAGGCUAUAACGUAUCCUGACUGUAACGUAAAGUUCCUGGAUCUAACAGGUGUCUCUAUCCUGGCCGAGAACGAGGUUCUUGCUGAUGCGAUCAGGAUGAGGAAGGAUUUCCGGUUUCUCCACGGAGGGAUAGUCCUGACUCCAGAUGUUUUGGGAGAGCGAAUAGCCCGGAAGAAGGACCAUAUGGAGAUAUUGAUGGAGUACAUGAGGAAGACAUGCAUCAGGCCAAUCGAAAUCAUCCGAGACUACGACAAGACGGUCAACUUUAAAGUAGCACAAGACAACUUUGUCGAAAGACUUGUGCGUGCGAAUGUACCUCUCCACAGGUUUGAGAUGAGAGCCCUCGCCAGAGCAAUAAUUGAGAACGAUAACAUCCAAAACAAAGACAAGAUCGAUUACAUGAAACUAGUUGAGUCUGUCACUGAGCAAAUACUACAGGACAGAAUCCGCAUUAAAAGUGAAAAACGUGAGGUGCGAAAGACCAAACAGCAUCACAAAAGGAUUCUGGCAAGUGGACUGCCACAGGUACUUUACGACCGUGGUGAGGGAAGAGACAGUAAACAACGCAGCUCCAGAACAAGCGGUACCCCAUCGAUGAGCGCAAUAAACUUCAGCCGCCUUGACCUUGGUACUAUUUCCUGUACGUCACUACCUAGUGUACCCGACGUCAACAGAAACAUCCAAUCAUUUGAGAGCUCUUUGAUUUUUGGCCCAAAGAACGUCGUAAAUACACACGUUCCAAAACCAAGAGUGAUAUCAAUGUGUGCCGACCUUGGUGAUCAAGGUAAAAAGAAGAAGAAAAAGAAGUCUAAGUUGGUCCGUAAAAAGAAGUCUAAAUCGAAAACACACGUAGAAACAUGGAUCUCCAGAUCAAAGUAAUGUCACCAAAAGCUGCCUGAAAUGGGAUCCGGAAUGAAAAGAUAAAUGCAAUAUUUACACUAGUAUGCGCGAGUGUUUUCUUGUUAUCGUUCGACACAACUGCAUAUACAUGUAACAAAAUCCUAGCCACAUCAUAGCGGGGGACAGAAGUAAGGCGUCCACACUUUGGAUCGUUUUGGGUGUGAAUGCACGGUUGAUUUUUUACCGUAGCGUUGGACAUGCUAAGCCUUUUCGCAAAUGCCUGGUGUCCACUGAUAUUCUUUCCACCGCUAUUUUGCCUUACGCCAAAUGGAUUCAAGACUGAUUGUUUUCUGGCUUUGACGUUAUAAAUUUUACAUUCUGGUGUGUAAAGAAAGUGUUUGUGCAGUAUUGUUUAUUGCCUUGAGUUACUACCCAGGGUUCUACUUUGUUGUUGUUCCUGAAAGACCAUUAAUCAUCAAAGUGUGCAAAUCCAACUUUCUGUGACCACUUUGACCACAGUGACAGUGACACCAAUUAGACCGUUCUACAGGUUGACAACACCAACUGAACCUUCCAGUUAUGCAAAUGUUACCAGAAGCUUCAGUACUGGAUUUGGGGCUUUACGAGCAUUUCGUGUUCGUUAUCAUCAUCCCAUGGUGUAUUGGUUGCAUCACCUGAAAAGCAGUUGUUUUUUUGUAAUAUUUACGAGUCAUAUAGGUAUUCUCAUCAACACUGUCCACUGUAAUCCAGUACAUGUUACUGGCAAACCAGUUAUCAUGAUAACGGCGAACCAUACCCAACCAUACCAUCAUGGACCCGUGAAGAUCCGAUGUAGAAGAGGUCUUUAGCAACCCAUGCUUGCCGUAAAAGGCGACUAUGCUUGUCG